ACUUGGCCGUUGUUAUAGAAAACCAACGGUGGUAAUUCAACUUACGAAUCGCGUUUACACCGUGAAAACUUCGAAAAUUAUAGCGCAGGGCCGAGAAAACAGUACCGCAGGGUUACUACGUUUACGAUAAUUCGCUUUUUUUAUUAGCCUUCUACCCAUUUCUUUCGCGUUUUGUCGCAUUUCCGACGAGUACUGUUGCGGGAACUGUUCAGCGUGAAGAUUCAACCCCCUCGAUUCAAAACCGCGGCUGAUCGCCCGCUGUUUCGACUUCCUCUUCUCUCAGCAGUGCCCGUAGUGUUGAAAGGUCCACGAUGGCGGAUAACAACAUCGCAGAGAACCACGAAGAAGAACUGGAGGAUGACGACGAAGAGGGGGGUUUCCGCAUUGACGACAUUUACGUCCCACCACCACCACCUGCAUCAUGUACGUUUGAUCCGACGGGGCCCCGGCUCAUGAUACAGAAGAUCGAGAACAUCAAUUUCAAAUCGUAUGCAGGCAAAAAGAUCAUUGGACCGUUUCACAAGAAUUUUACAGCCAUUGUUGGGCCCAACGGGAGUGGCAAGUCGAACGUCAUCGACUCUAUGCUCUUUGUCUUCGGUUACCGGGCGCAAAAAAUCCGGUCCAAGAAAGUCGGUGUUCUCAUCCACAACAGCACGAGCCAUAAUAACCUGGACAGCUGCACCGUGAAUGUCUACUUUCAGAAAAUCGUCGACACGGACCAGAACACAUUCGAGGUGGUUCCAAACUCGGAGUUUGUAGUCGGCAGGACGGCUCAUCGAGACAACUCGUCCUACUACACUGUGAACGGCAAGCGUUGCACUUACAAGGAGGCCACAAAAACACUGCGCUCUUUUGGAAUCGAUCUUGACCACAACCGGUUUCUGAUUCUCCAGGGAGAAGUAGAGCAGAUUGCUCUGAUGAAGCCUAAGGCGCAGACUGAGCAUGACCAAGGAAUGCUCGAGUUUCUCGAAGACAUCGUCGGUAGUUCCCGCUACAAGGAACCCAUCGAGCUUUUGAAUCAGCGCAUUGAUAAGCUUUGCGAAGAGAGGACGGAAAAGCUCAAUCGCGUCAAGUUGGUGGAAAAGGACAUGGAGGAGCUGAAGGGGGCACGCGACGAGGCCGUCGAGUUCUUGAAGAGCGAAAACGAGAUCGCCGUCAUUGAGAACCAGCUAUUCCAGUUAUACAGACGGAAUGAGAAGAUCCAAGAAGCCGAAGCCGAGAAGCAAGUCAAAGAAACCCAGGAGCAGAUGGCUGAGCUGAAGAAAGAGCUCGAUGCGCAGCAGCAGGCUCAGAAGGAGCAACAGGCCGAGCUCAAGAAGGCCCUCAAGGACUGUGAAAAGAAAGAGAAGGAGGUGGAAACCAGAAAGCAAGAGUUCAGUGAUCUCGAGCGCCGGGACUUGCAGUGCAGGGAGGCCAUCAAGCACAUAAAGCAGAAGGGAAAGGAUCUGGAAAAAAGUCUGGAGAGUGCUAAGCAAAAGGUUGACGAGCUGAAGAAGCAGCCGACGAAGCUAGAGAAGGACAUGGAAAAGCUGCAGGCUAAGAAAGAGAAGCUGGAAAAGGAAAAGGUGGAAGCUGAGGCCAAGCUUGCCGAGGUUAUGGAAUCCCUCAAGACGCAGACGGAGGAACUUCAAGAGGAGAAAGCAGUUCACGAGCAAGAACUGCUUGGCCUGCAGAAGGGAGUGAGUGACAAGAAGUCGCAGUAUGAGAUUGCCAAAUCUGAGCUGGACCUCAGCAUCAGCACACACCAGCGUGAGACAUCGAGGCUGGAGGAGAUCGAGCUGAACCUGGACAAAGUGAACAACUCUCUAACUGACAAGUCCAACUGCUUGACAAGGCUUGAGAAACUCGUCCCUGAAAAGGAUUCCAAGUUGAAAGAGAUGGAAGCUGAACUGGCGCAAGUGAGACAGCAGUACCAGGAAGCCCAGGAUCAGCUUAGGGCCGACCGUCAUCGGGUCGAAGAGCUCCGCUCGAACGCCCAAGCUAAUAGGUCGCGAUCGCGGGUCCUUGAUGCGCUACUGCAGGCUAAGAAGUCGGGGGAGCUGCCAGGCGUCAUCGGACGACUGGGUGACCUGGGCGCAAUUGACCAGAAAUACGAUGUGGCUAUUUCAACGGCAUGUGGCCAGCUGGAUUACGUUCUCACGGACACGGUGCUCACGGCCCAGCGCUGUGUUGAGUACCUGAAGAAGCAUGAUGUCGGAUUUGCCAAUCUUAUAGCUCUCGAGAAGAUGGAACGCUGGAUACCUUAUACUCAGAGGAGGAUAGAAACCCCUGAAAACGUGCCCCGCCUGUUCGACCUGGUGUCUGUGAAAGACACCAGCGUGCUGCCGGCAUUUUACUUUGUCCUGCGAGACACUUUGGUGGCCAACGACCUUGACCAGGCCACGCGUAUCGGGUUGCAGGGAAGGACGCGUCACCGGGUGGUCACCCUGCAGGGAGAGCUGGUGGACGUGUCCGGCACUAUGAGCGGAGGAGGCGGGCGCGUCUCUCGCGGCAAGAUGGGUCAGGCGGUCGUGGACGACGACGUGAGUGCCGCUCAGAUGGAGCAGCUCACGGCUCAGCUGACUGCCAUUGAAAACAAGGCAAAGGACCUUCACGAACGCCAGUCCGUGCUGGACGACAAGAUCAACGUCCUCCGCAAGGAUGUCACAACCUCCAAGCAUGCCUUGCACAAGUUCCAGGUGGAAGUCAAGGGCUUGAAAGAGCAGCACGCCUCACUUACGAAACAGUUGGCUGACCAGAAGGAGAAAGUGGCCAAGUCUGCUCCUGACAAGAAGAAGCUCGCACAGCAAGAAAAGGCUGUGGCUGCCUAUAAGAAAGAGUACGAUCAGGAAAUGGCAUCAUGGACCAAAGUGGAAGACAAAGUUGCGCAGAUUCACGCCAAAAUCAUGGACAUCACGGGCAAGUGCAUGGGCUCAGUCCAACAAAAAGUGGAGAGCGUCACGAAACAACUUGAUGCUACCUUAAUGGAAAUCACCAGGACACAGUCAAGCAUCAAGACAGUUCAACGGAAUCUCGGCAAAGCCGAGAGCAAGGCGACCACGAUUGAGUCGGAGCUCGAGGAGGCCAAGACCGAACUCGAGAAAAGAAGGAACGAGUACAGUGAAGUGGAGAAAGCGGGGAAGGAGCUGCUUGAUAUCCGUGAUAUCGUUCAGGCUGAGUUGAAGACACUGAAGCAGAAGCUGGCCGAAGUGCAGGCAAAAAUCGACAGUGGUAAGUCUGCAGAGAAUGCACUAAGUUCGAAGCAAAUCGAGAUCAAGAACCAGCUGGAACAGAGCGAGGCAGCCCUUCAAGACCGCCAAGCCAAAGUGGCACGUUGGACGAGAGAGCUGAGGAAGCUGAAGUGCCAUUCUAUUGAGGGCGAACCUGAGGUAACUCUACCUGAGCUUGAAGACAAGGACUUGGAAGAGCUUUCCAGUGAAAGCCUCACAAUGAAGUCUACUCUUCUCAAGGAGAAUCUGUCUGCCAAGAAGCCAAACAUGGCUGCGAUACAGGAGUAUCGUCGAAAGGAAGAAGCUUACAAGCAGAGGGUCGCCGAACUGGAAGCGGUGACGGAGAAACGGGCCGAGCAGCGACGCCACCACGACAACCUGCGCAAGCAGCGUCUGAACGAAUUCAUGAGGGGGUUCGGCAUCAUCAGCAGCAAGCUGAAGGAGACAUACCAAAUGCUUACGCUGGGCGGCGACGCGGAACUCGAGCUGGUCGACUCGCUCGACCCCUUCACCGAGGGCAUAGUGUUCAGUGUACGGCCCCCAAAGAAGUCCUGGAAGAACAUAUCCAACUUGUCCGGAGGUGAGAAAACCCUGAGUUCUCUAGCGCUUGUGUUUGCCCUGCAUUAUUACAAGCCAACGCCCUUCUAUGUGAUGGACGAGAUCGACGCUGCUCUGGACAUUAGGAACGUGUCGAUCGUUGGGUACUAUAUUAAGGAACGAACAAGAAAUGCGCAGUUCAUCAUCAUAUCAUUGAGGAACAACAUGUUCGAACUGUCCGACCGCCUGAUCGGCAUUUACAAGGUGCACAACUGCACCAACUCGUGCACUGUCAAUCCACGGCGUCUCAUAGAGGCUGUGGAAGGUGCUGAAGGACAGGCACCACCCGAAAGAGAGCAACUGCCACACGAAAACGGUGUCAACGAAAACGGUGUCGACGAAAACGGUGUCGACGAAAACGAUGUGGACGAAAAUGAUGUGGACGAAAACGGUGUCGGCGAGAACAGUUUCGACGAAGAAAAUUAAUGUGCGAUGCCAUUCAUACAAUUUUUCUUGGUUCUUGUAUUUUAACCAUUUCCAUGCUCAUCGAACUCAUCUACACUCACCUAUGAGCUAUUUGUUAUCGGAAUAUAUCUUUAUUGUGCCAUUGCAUGUUUUCAUGUUCAUUUAUGAUAUUUUAAUUGUGUAAGCGCUAACAGAGCCUGUACAGAUGUGAUUGAAUAAAGAGCAUGCUUGCUUAUAUAUAUUGCACAUGCAAACGGCAA